AUGGCAGGUGGAGGAGCUUUGAACAAAAUUUUUCCUGGGUAUAAGGAUAAGAUUUGGUCUAAACUUCCUUCAUCAAUGCAACUACGCCUAAUCAAAAGGUGGAAUGACAAACUUGUCGAGAAAGCUUAUCAUAAUCACAUAACACUAAAUAACCGCGUCAAAAGUUUUAAUAAGCAUUUUUUGGACAAUUUAAAACCAAGUUACGCCUACAGAUCUACAAAUAUUGAUUAUAAGAAGCAAAGGUGCAGAGGCACACUUGUUGAAGGAGUUGACUACUAUUGCCCUGGAGCAGAAAGUCGUUUAUCCAACUUUUUUGAACCAUACACUAAGGAAGAGAAUGAAAAAAGAUCUAAGUAUAGAUAUCAAGAUUUGAAGAAAUAUAUUUUAUUCGCCCUUGGAGUUACAGCUUUCCAUGGAUAUUUACAAUCCAGACCUAUUGCUUGGUGUUCCGAUAUUCAACCUCCAGAACCUCCAUAUUAUCCGUUUUGGUUCAAAUCUCCAUUACAUGGACAUGAUAUUGCUAGUGUUAGGAGAGGAUAUGAAGUUUAUCGUCAAGUAUGUGCAACUUGCCAUUCAAUGGAACAAAUGAGAUUCCGCCGAUUGAUAAAUGAUGUUUAUCCUGAAAAAAGGGUUAAGGAAAUCGCUGCUUCAUAUGAUGUUGUUGAUGGCCCUAAUUCCGAGGGUGAAAUGUUCACCAGACCUGGGGUUAUAACGGAUCCAUUUCCUAACCCAUAUCCUAAUGCUGAAGCCGCUCGCUUCGCAAACGGAGGUGCAAUGCCACCAGAUUUAAGCGUCAUGGCUAGUGCUAGGAAGCGUGGACCUGACUACCUAUUUGCACUACUUACAGGUUAUGGAGAACCGCCAGAGGGAAUUAAACUGAGGCCAGGUUUAUACUUCAACAAUUACUUCCCUGGCGGCUCAAUCUCUAUGCCACCACCACUGGAAGAUGGAAUGAUUGAUUAUGAAGAUGGCACCCCUGCUACCGUAUCACAGAUGGCAAAAGACGUUGCCAGCUUCAUAACUUGGGCAUCAGACUCCACUCAUGAUGAAAGGAAAUUGACUGGAUUUAAGAUCUUGGUUGCUUUGUCAGCAUGUACAUUCUUUUUGGCCGUGUGGAGAAGAUUUUUCUGGAGCAUGUAUGCGACUAGCAGGAUGGAUUUUAGAAAAAUAAAAUAUAUGCGUUGA